AUGAACCUCGUCCUCCACCUCUCUCUCCGUAGCCUCUUCCUCUUCAUCCCUCCUCUCUCAUGGAACCUUUGUCUCAUGAAAUCAGACUUGACUUUGUUUCUCGCGCAGCUCAUCUCUACCAGUCGGAACCCAGUCGCAAUGUCAACUCCUCCACCCCCAAUGACCUUACUGCGUCCAGUGCUCGGGCUCAACUUGAUCGGCUUGCGAGCCGCCUUAGGGAUAUUACCCAGACUACCGAUAUCAGAUGUCAAGCUCAUCCCACUUAGCGUUUUGGAAAACGGAUUAAUGUAUUUCAUGUCCGGGCUGGAGGAUGGCCGCACUUCAUUCAAAGUUGCGAGGAGAUCACUGGCACUGUUCCCCCCCUUGUUGAAUCGCGAUAGUUCUCGAUCAGAGUACCCGAUAUUUACCAUAGAGUCCCGCGAAGUCAGCAGCGGAGAAUCUUUACUCCCUCCUCCUUUUGGACGCCCCCCAGGGUUCGGAGGCUUCCCAGGCCAGAUUGGUACACCUCCCGGUAUGGGACCUCCCCCAGGAAUGGGGCCCCCGCCAGGCAUGUCUGCGCCAGGAACAGCACCUCCCCCAGGCGUACAGCAAGCAAACGCGACGCAAUCGAGUCGCCCCAGCGGUCUCCCAGCUAGCUUCCAAGGACCACCCAACAUGCCAAAUAUCAACUUCUCCGCGCCUGUCAUCCGCCUAGGCACCGGUCCCUCUAAACCCUCGACCCCGUUACCCGGCGCUGCAGGUAGGAGGGAAGGCCAGGAACCUAGCGCUGCUGGUGGGCGGCCAGGUUUGGGUGUCGAGAGGGGUAUGGAUGCGCAGAGGCAGGCGUUGAGGGAGAGUAUGAUGUCUUUGGUGCCACCUACAAAGGAGGAGAUCGUCCGGACUAUCUUCGUUGGGGGCAUUACAGAGGGAUGUGGAGGGAAUGACGGUAUCGAGCGCAUUCUCAGUACAGCAGGACGACUACGAAGAUGGGAUCGGGCUACAGAUGCGGAUGGAAAAGAAUGCAGUUUUGGAUUUGCGCAAUUCGAGGACGCAGAGACUCUGGCUACAGCUGUGGAGGUGCUGAAGGAUAUUGAGGUACCAACGAAGAGACAGCCCGCUAGCAAUGGGGCCCCGAAAAACGAGGAAGACGCCGACAAAGAGGUUGAGAAGAGCAAGCUGUUAGUUUUCGUGGACGACAACUCGCUAAAAUACCUAGAAAACUGGUCUUCGAAUCGAGCCGAUGACUCGGCAGCUGAGCAGGCACGGUUGGAGGCUGCGCGAUCCGGGUUGAAGGCUGCCCUUCACGAUUUAUUCCACCCACCGAUGUACGUCAAGAUGGACGAGAAAGGGGACGACAGCGCGAUGCACGAUAAUGGGGACGGUGUCGAGGUUGUCAAUAUCCCCCUGGCAGUGGACGAUGAGCUUGCGGACAUUCCGGCUGAGAUGCGCGAGACUGUUGCACAAGAAAUUGCGGCGUUCAGAGACCGUAGUACGCGAAGAGAUAUGGAGCGUCUGAAGCGAGAGGAGGAGAUGGAGGCUGCAGAACGACUGCGCAAUGGAGGCCCUCGACCCUCGAGGCUCGCAUCACCAAUCCCCAAUACACCCGCUGGACCUGCUGCUGGUACGAACAACAUUCCUCUUGGGCCCCGCGGUGUACUAAACGCGCCAUCUGGUCCCAAACUCGGCUCGCAAAUCCCUCGUGACUAUCAAAAGGGUGUAGCCUUUGUAAAUGGAAGUGGUAUCAAUGGUGCCGCUAGUGGAGAUGCCUGGAUUAACCGAGAGGAAGAGGACGAUUCUGCUAGUGACGAAGAACUCGAACGUAGGAGGGUAGCCAAGAAGGAGGCGGAUCAGGAGAAAAUAUACCUUGACCACGAACGCCGCUGGCUGAACAGGGAGAGGUCCCGAACUGCUGCUGUGGAACGCGAGAAGGAGCGAGAGAACGAAGACGCUGCUAAGGAAAAUUCCGAGAGGGAAAAGAUGGCCCAGCGACUACAGAAUUGGGACGACGAACUUGAGUCUACUCGUAAAGUCGAGGAUUAUUACGCAGAUCGAAGUGUAUGGACGCGCAACCGUACAUUGUUCCGUGCCAGGGAAGCCGCUGCUGAUGACAGGGAUCGUGCAGCCGAACAAAAAGAGAGGCUACGUGACACAGCAGACAAGGAGCACGCUCGCGGAAUGGCUGAUUCGUUCUUGGAUCGUGCGGCCGAGGAACUACAAUCCAGAGAUGCGCCGGGUCGCGCUCAACAACCGUUCAAAUUAUCCCUUGGUGCUGCCGCCCAGAAAGUCCAGAACGAAAAGGCCCAACCGCCGAGACGCACAGUCAACGAAGUCGAAGGUCUGCUCGAAGACGAAGAAGACGCUGGCAAAUCCUCGAAGCGCACUCUCAUCCCUAUCAAGUUCGAUCCUUCUGCUUCAUCGGCCCAAUUAUCGGACGAAGAGAGAGAUCAAGCUAUCCGUCAAUUGGCAGCUGAUAUUCCAACCGAAAAGGAAGGUCUCUGGGCUUGGGAAGUCAAGUGGGAGUUCGUAGACGAUAGCGUUAUCGUCGAAAAACUAAGACCAUUUGUGGAGAAGAAGAUCGUGGAGUACCUAGGAGUGCAGGAGCAGUUACUGGUGGAGGUCGUAGAGGAGCAUAUUAGGACGAGGGGCAGGCCUCAAGAGCUUGUGGAGCAGCUGGAGGGUGCAUUGGAUGAGGAAGCCGAAGCACUCGUCAAGAAGCUCUGGCGGAUGGUCAUCUUUUUCUCGGAGAGCGAGAAGCGUGGGCUAUGUUUUGCGGACGGCAGACGAAGUCAGCAUAGAACAUGGGAAAAGUACUCAUGUGUAUUGUCGGCGCUCUGUGCGCGAUAUCCAUCACCUAAAGGAAAACAAAGUGAUACGAAUCUCUCCGCGCCCAAUAAUCCUACAACUUAUUCACCAAGGUUUCGCAUUGUCUAUCACUUGUGUAAUGGUCCACAGUGUCAGAAGGAGGAUUGGCCCAUGCACAAGGCUUCGUGCAAACGGCAGAACUAUAUCUUGAGGAUUGACCUAUGCCCUCGAUUUACAGUAAUCCAAAACUUACUCGAACACUGUCAUGUCCCUCCAAUGCAACACUUGCCGCGUUGCACCAAGCCAUGUUGGUCGCUUUUGGCUGGGCCAAUACUCAUCAUCUCUACGAUUUCGAGAUCUACGAAGGCACGGAAUACCAAGGUCGUGCAUAUGCAUUUUGAUGGUGAUACCCCGAGCUUCAAGUACACCGAUCUGGCCACGAUCGAGGAUAGCGACUACACAUAUGCCGGUGAUAGCGCCAAUGUUAUUAUCUACAAAGUUCUUACUAAGAUUGAGGCCGACAAGCAGACGCUGAUUCACCGCUACGACUUCACUAAUGGAUGGGAGCAUGUCGUGACUCUUGUGGGGCGAGCAGCUCCAACGUCUCAUUUCGUUUGCUUAGAUGGUGCAGGCCAUGGCUGCGCAGAGGAUGUUGGUGGUUACUCUGGCUGGGCCGAGUUGCUGAAGGCUUAUGAUGCGGAGAAUCCUACCAAGAGCCAGAAGGAGAAGAUCGAGUGGUUCGAAACAACAGCCAGCAACAAGGACCGCGAGGGAUUGGCUGGAGAAAAGAAGUGGAUGUGGGACAAGGAUCGCAUCAACACGGUCCUUCGUGAAUUGGACCAACAUCUGAAAACCACACCGGUACCAGGAGGCGCCAAACCAUCGAUCCUCCUUAUCUCUCUUAAAAAGAUGUCAUUCUUCGACUUUAAUUACGCGCCAGUCCUUACUAAGCUCCGCUCACGCGCCAACAUAUCGGAGGUGACGCAUAUUGGUAGUGCAAUGCAGCAAAUGUGCAACGCUCAACAGGAUUAUGUUGCUGUCAUUGUUGCCGAUGCAGAAUUCAUGAACAAGGAAUACAUUGCAGUCCGAGAGAAGCUUGUCGAGUACGCAACUGCCGGUGGAACCGUCAUCAUUGGAUUCCACGCCAGCUGUCUUUGUAUACCCGAAACCUUGAAUGACUUCUUCAGAAAUACCUGGUCUCUCAAAUGGGAAGCCGCAGGCUACAUCUAG